AUGAGACAGUCAACAUGCAUGAAGACGAACCGUCUCUUGCCCUGCAGCGAGCGCCAGAAGGGCCCCAGAGGCGUCCCUGACAUCCAAUCAAGCCGCGGCCGCCAUCAACGCCUCCUUGUACGACGGCGAGCUGAGCGGAAGACGAACGAAGGCGUGAAGAACUGCUGUCCUGCCCCCGUAUCGACGAUCGCUCACCUACUGGCUGACCCAGAUCCGCAGGCCAUCAUCAUCGUCAGUGGCUACCUUGCAAAGUCAAGAACUGCUAGUCCAGUGGAAAUCCUCGUCUUCUCGCCUAUGGCUGGCCGGCUGAGCAAGCCGAGCUGCGUACUCCUAUUGGGACAGAAAAAACUCCGUAGCGACAGUCAGCGAAUAUCCACAGCCAAUUUCGCGGCAGACAGACUGGGGAUCCCGAUGAAGCUUGCUCAGUGGCUCGGUCUCUCCCUCAUCCUGGCAAGGGGAUUUUCCUGGCAAGCCGUCCCUCGUCCAAAAAUAAGAAAGGCGGAGCCAGCGCCAGUGCCAGAGAGCCCUGACAGCGUUCGCAAGUCGCGGCAUCUUCCAGAGCUUCUUCUUCUUCUUGUCCAUCUUGAAACGAGAGUGCUGCCAAAGGGGACUGGUUUCAGGUCCUUUGAGAGCAGUGAAGCUCUUCUCUCGAAGCUGCUGUGUUUUUCUUUACUCCCGUCAGUUCAUUCAUUGCAUCUAUAUCUCCCUGGCUGGUUCCAGUUCAUACAUUUCUUCCUGUUCCUUUUGUUCUUUUCAUAUCUUCAUUUCUUCAUAUACGUUCUACUGGUUGUCAAUCGCAUCAAGAUGGCUACUUCGGCUACCACGACGUUAAUGACAUUCCUUGUACGGACUCCUCCUUCAGCCCGGUCCGUCCGCCUGUUUGGCUCAUGGGACAACUUUGCAAAGGGCUACCCCAUGGAAAAGGACUCGCGUACCGGCAGAGGCCAUUGGAGAGGAUGCCACACCUUCACCAACAUUAUCUGCGAUGGCCACGGGAAUCCGAUCUAUCCGGGUCGAGAUGGUGGCCUGAAGAUGGGCGGGACUUACUGGUACUACUAUGUCCUUGACGGUGACUUGGAUUUUUAUAAUGAGUCUGAAGCCUGGACGACAUCGUGCCCUUUGCUACCUGGACAGCCGCUCAACGUGCUUAAUGUCCCUAUAUACCUACCUCCAUCAGUCAUUUCACAUGGCCGGAACGGGAGUGCAAGCUCCCAGCUGUCGGUUCCGCAGACCAUGAAUCCUGAUGACAAGUAUGUCAACCCAAGGCCACCACCGCGCCCUCAACUGCCCCGGCUGGUCACUUCUCCUGCUGCCCUGGCACCGCAGGAGGCUCGUGGGUCUCUCGCGUCUCCUGGACCUCAAACGCAUGGCAGGAGCUUCUCCCAGCCCCGAGCCGCUAGUCGCAAGUUCAAGGUUGGCGGCAAACUAUCCCUAGACCUGAAACUCCCCAUGAGCAGCCUUGCUCCUAAAUCAUCUGGACUUCGUACUGCAUUCUUCAACCGUGUGUCUCCUCGCUCAGCCACUUACGAGACCUCGGAGAAGAACACGAAAGUGCCAGAGAUAUCCUUGACCAGAGACACUCCCGUGCUUGAGCAGAGUCAUCAAACCCCAACGAAGAAUUAUCAUCUGCGUCCAGAAUACCCGGGCACUUCCUCAUCCUUAGCUUCUCCGUGUGGUUCGCCUGCAGACCUCGUCAUUGACGACAGGUUUCCCGAACAGGAGAAUACGAACUACCACCCGAAUAUAAAGACUAAUUGCCAUACCUUGGACCCAUUAUACCAAACAGGCCAACCCCAAGCCCGCUCCAGGUCCCGAAGCCCUGCCCAAACACCGUUGAGGAAUUCUGUCAAUUACGAUUCCAGUCCAAGCCAGAACACCACGGCUGCUAACACUGCCACCACAUAUCCUUCAACAGUGGAAGUACCGUGCAAGCUCGACGCCCAUGAACCUCUAUCUCCCAUCGACCUCUACACCAAGCGUCUUCCCACACUUCCCAACAGUCCCUCUUCCGUCUUGGAUGAAACAUUCAACUCCACAUGGACAUCCACACCUUCAUACCAACCCCUCGACCUCAACCAUUUACAAAGCCACUUCUCCAAGUCCACCGUCGACUCCUCCUCUCCGAGCUUGACCCCCUCCCCUCAUGAAUCCCCUCUACUUCCAUGUGGAAGCCGUUUCUCCGACUGCAGCACCGACACCGAAAUAAUUUCCCCAUGCUCCAUGACAUCAUCGUCCACCUUGAACAACGAUGGCAACUCUCCUGCAAACUACAGUUUCUCGGCAAGUACCUCGCUAGAAAGUAACUUGUCUGAUAUCUGUCAAGACUCUACGCACAACAACUAUCUGGACGCUUUUGGCCUGUCUAACCUGCAUAUCGGUCAAGACGAGACCAAGGAUGCAGAACCUGCCUUCUCAUGGAUGACAUCUGAUCCCUUCAGCGACGAGAAGAUCAGUCUUUGUGGGAAAACCGAUGCAUCCUCAGCUACCAUCACCGCCAAAACACAUGGCUACAGCUCUAACAGUGACCAGGCUGAAGCUACCAUCAACAGUAUGAUGCAGGAGCUGAUUGAGGAUAUGGGGUAUCUCGGCGAUAUGAUUGAUGCGUAUCCCGAGCAGAUCUAA